UGUAAAACUAAUUUAAAUAAUUGGAAAUUUGAAAAGUAUCGUAUAAAAUAUUUUUGAUUGUAUGAAAUAAUAAAAAAAGAACUUAUUCCUUUGUUGCAAUGAAAAUGAAAGCAUUCAAUUAUUUAACUGUUUACUGUGUACUGUUUGUGUAUUUUACUGUUGGAUCUGCUACAAGUAAUGAAGACGAGACAGAAAACAUUGAAGCGGAUCUUCGAUUUUUGGAUAUUUCUGAUGUAUUUUCAUCAGUGAUUAAUUCAACUGAGUUGGUACUUACCACUUUAUCAGGAUCAACAGCGGCAAUUUUGAAUGUUGUUGUUACAAAUAAAGUUAUGGAAUUACUCAACACUUGCGAGGUGAUUGGAUCGGAUUCAAAAACUCAGAAUCGAGUUAAGCACUUCAUAGAAGGAUCCUUAGAAACGAUUGAAUCUGCAGUGAAAAAAAUAUAUGAUAAAUUGAACGUUUGAUUUUUGUCGAAUAAAAAGCUAACCGUUGAAA